UGUUUGAGGCUUCCUUUAGCCGAGGCCUGCUGCUGCUGUGCUUAUCCCUACUGAUGGUAGUAAGGCUACAAGGUAAGGUAACAGCACCAGAGCGCAUGGAGGCUCCCGUGGAGCUGCCCUUCACUCUGACCUGCAGCGUUUCCAGAGAGAGAGGCGAAUCGCUGAGGCAGGUGCGCUGGAUGGACGUCCAGAACAAGAGCCUGCUGACCUACCAGCCCGGCCAGAAGGACAGCGUGUCCGGGCAGCAGCACGUGGAGCUGGCCCCCUCCCCAAAGGACACCUCGGCCAUCACCAUCCGCAGGGUGGGCUUCCGCGACGAGGGGUGCUACACGUGCAUCUUCGACUUUUCACCUUCUGGCUCGCAGCAGGCACAGACAUGCCUCACCGUGACCUCGCCUAUCACGGCCGACAGCAAUAAGACGGCCGUGAGCGGCAAGAAGGCCUCGCUGUCGUGUGCCUACGGCCUGCCGGAGAAGGUGCAGCAGGUGGCAUGGCGGCACAGCUCCGAGCAGGGCGUGUCGCGUGAGGUGGCGUCCUACGCCAAACAAAGUGACCCCAUGAUCGAGCCAUCGUACCAGGGUCGAGUCUGGCUCAGCACCUCCCUGUCCCACAGCCGGCUCACCAUCCAGCCUGUGGCUAUCCAGGACGAGGGAUGCUACACCUGCCUGUACGAAACGCACCCCGAGGGCCCCAAGAGCGCCACCGUUUGCCUCUCCACUUAUGUGCUGCCCAAACCUCAGGUGAUUUACAAGACCACGUCUCCUGGUGUGAUCGAGGCCAACUGCACCUCCGUGUCCCGUCCCCCAACCGAGAUCGUCUGGAACGUGGAGAGAGAUAACCGAACGAUGGGACCCCCGGUGACUACACAAGUCCCCCAGGGUGACGGGACCACGCUGGUCAUCAGCACGCUCACCGUCCAAUCAGGGCUCCUGAAGGACGUGUCCAUCAAAUGCUUGGUCCAUCACAAAGGUCUCGAAUCGCCGAUCGCAGUGUCCAUGAACACCAAAAUCGGGACGGCCCUCACCAUCCUCAUCUCAGUGACCACUGUGGCAGCUCUCCUGGUUCUGUCGCUCUGCUUCUGCCUUUGGAAGUGUUUCCUGCGCAAAGAGGGUGAGGGAGUGAAAGGCCAGAAGAAGGCCAUCAAUGCCGCAUCCUUGCCUGAAGUGGCCCACGUCCGGAUGCUAACUGGGGAAGAUCUGCCCCCAGUUGCUUCCAGAAAGCCAUGGUCUUUGCUGGCGGGCAUACUGGGCAUAGCCAUAUAUCUGGAUGUUGUUGUGCACGGGCCCACCACUGACAUCCAUGGCGAGCAACUCAACAGGGUCUUAGCAGCCCUAGCCAAGCACAAGCUAGCUAUCAAUACUGAAAAACGUGUCCUCUCUGUGCCAGCCAUUGAGUUUGUGUGGUUCUGGCUGUCGGCAAGCGGCAUAACUGCACUCCAGUCCAACGUGGACGCCAUUCAGGUCAUCCCCGAGCCCAGCUCAGCCACUUAUGUCACUUUCUUCCCCAACACCAACGAUACUUGA